UACAUUUUAAAUUAUCUGUGUGAAGGAAGGUUCUUCACUUCACUGAAGAUCAAGUUUUAUUUUAUUGUUGUGUCGAACAUCCGAAUAUAUUUUUAAUCCAAUUUGAGUACAAAUAUACGUAAUAUCCCUCAAAUAUUUCGAAUUGAUAUAUAAUCAGUUGUAUUCUGAACAAUCAAUGAGUAUUAUUUUCAAGAAAUAAGGAUCUUUGUCAUUUAACCUCUAUAAAAUGGAUGAUAUAUUAUUCAUGAGGCCUGUUUUACCUCAGGUUUUUCAAGCUAUACAACAUGUUGAUAUUGAAGCCUUAAUGAAAUUUAAUCAUGAAGAAAUAAGGCCAAUAAUACCAUGCUUGGUAAGAAUGGCACUCAUAUCCCCAUUGGACAUUACCAGAUAUUGUGCCGAAGCCAAGAAAGAUAUUUUAACAUUACUCUCUGGAAUAGAUUUAGUCAACUUUAUUGUUUCUUUAUUAUCAAUUGAAUUUCAUACUUUAGAAGUUGAUUUAAAAAAGGAACAACAAAUGAGGCAAAAAAAUGGAUCUCAAUGUGUGGAGUCCUUUUUAAUACAAAAGGUUGUAAAUGGGAUUGCCAAUGAUUUUGAACAUUCGGACUCUGCUCGCCGUGUGCGCCUGGUGUUAUCAGAAAUUUUACAGAUGCAGGCACAGAUAUUUGAGUACAAUCAGAAUAAGAAUACUAAUGUUGAAUGUAUGAUCAAACCAUCAGAAUUGUUUGACAAUGAAGUAUAUUUGGAGGAGAUUACUGAUGUAAUAUGCAUAAGUUUAGCAGAGCUACCAAAUUUACUUAACAUUUGUGAUGUUGUUGAAGUACUUCUUCAUGUCAACAAAGGUCCAAUAAUUAUAUCCUGGGUUGUUGCUAACAUGCCAGAUACACUACAGGAGGUUGCAGAAUCAUUAGUUUUUAAUGCAGAGAGAGGGGAAGAAGGAGGUAUAAGAGCCAAGGCCCUUACUGCUCUAUGCAAUGCAUGCCCAUACAUAGCUGCUUCUAUAAGAUCUAAAGCAGCAUCAGCGGCACGGCUGCCAUCUUUGAUUGUCAACCUCACUUUGACACACCAUCAAGAUGAUUUGGUGGCAUUUAUGUCUGGAUUACUCUUAGGAUCCGAUCAAACUACUAGAGCUUGGUUUGCAACAUUUUUACGAAAUUCCCACAAAAGAGGGAAAGGUGAUGGUCAUGCAGCCUUGACAAAACUACGACAAGAAUUACUGAAUAGACUCAAAGAUGCCACAGCUGGGGUCAAUGCAUCUGCUUUGUUGAGAUUAUAUUGCGCUCUCCGAGGCAUAGCCGGAAUUAAGUUUCAAGAUGACGAAGUGGCCGGCCUGCUCAGACUGGUGACGCAGAAACCUCCCCCAACUCCAGCUGGAGUUAGAUUUGUUUCUUUGAGCCUGUGUAUGAUACUAGCAUGUCCCUCACUUAUGGCUGCCCCAGAACACGAAAAGAAAGCCAUCGAGUGGGUUCAAUGGUUGGUCAAGGAAGAAGCAUACUUUGAAAGUAAUUCGGGCGUAACCGCAUCGUUCGGCGAAAUGUUGCUUCUUAUAGCAAUCCACUUUCAUUCCGGCCAACUUGCUGCUGUAGGUGAACUUGUCUGCGCCACUCUGGGCAUGCGAGUGCCAGUGCGCCCUAAUGGGCUGGCACGUGUCAAACAAGCAUUUACCCAAGAAAUAUUCACAGAACAAGUUGUAACUGCACAUGCGGUCAAGGUGCCGGUCACAGUAAAUCUGAGCAACAACAUUCCAGGAUAUUUACCUGUACAUUGCAUUCAUCAGUUACUGAAGUCAAGAGCCUUUUCCAAACACAAAGUCCCUAUCAAAAACUGGAUAUACAAACAAAUCUGCAACUGCACCGCUCCCUUACACCCGGUUAUGCCCGCCCUUGUUGAAGUCUAUGUGAACUCGAUCCUGGUUAUUAAUAAUAAAGGAACUAAUGAAUAUGUCAAUAAACCAAUAACGGAAGAGGAAAUCAGAAAAGUUUUCAGAAAUUCUAUUUUCGGUGCAAACUUUGAUGUACAGAAUAAAUCAUUUACUCCAAUGGAGAUAGAUAAUGGUGAAUCCCCUAUUGACAUUAAUUUAGAGAAGCCAACAUUGGCGUCUCAGUUGUUGCUUAUAUAUUAUCUCCUACUUUAUGAAGAUGUGAGAUUGUCAAAUACUGCUUCUCUUAUUGCAAACGGCAGGAAAGUGAAAAGCUAUUCUGCAGCCUUUUUAUCUGAACUGCCAAUAAAAUAUUUGCUUCACCAAGCACAAAAAGAUCAAAUGGGCUAUGGAGGUCUUUUCAGUCCGCUGCUUCGUUUAUUAGCUACUCAUUUUCCUCAGCUUUCUCUCGUAGAUGACUGGAUGGAUGAUCAGGUCUUUGGAGAUUCGUGUCGGCAUCAGAAUGACGUUGCCUUAUCGGAAUCAGCUAUUCAUGAAGCAUUUCAAAGUAUUGAAGAAAACCCAUACAAAACCGGAAAAGUUCUUAAAGCCAUGCUCAAUAAAAAUCCGACUGAUAUUUGGCCUUUCGCGGAAAUAUUUGUAAAGUAUUUCAAAAGUGUACUAGCUGACCAAGUUCCUAGACAUAUUCAAGAAUUAUAUCGUGAAGUUUGGUUGAGACUCAAUACAGUUCUCCCUCGUUGUCUAUGGAUAAUGUCUAUUAAUGCUCUAUUAGAUAUAAAUGGAAAUGGAAGAAAUGUCACUAUUACACAAGAAAACGUCCUAGUUGAUCCAUUACAAGUAUUGAGAUGUGAUAUAAGAGUCUUUAGAUGCGGUCCCAUUUUAAAAAUAGUACUGAGAAUUCUAGAAGCCAGUUUAGCAGCAUCGAGAAGUCAACUAAGCAGGCAUUUAUUAGAUAAACCUCUUCUUGAGAAAAGUGGCCAGUUAACAUCAGAUUCAGAACGCGAAGAGCUAAAGAACGCAUUAGUUGCAGCUCAAGAAAGUGCUGCUCUACAAAUUUUAUUAGAGGCAUGUCUAGAAACUUCGGAAGAUGAGUCGAAACCGGAAUUAAUGUGGUCUCUAAGGGAAGUCAGAAGUAUAAUUUGUUCUUUUCUGCAUCAGAUAUUUAUUUCAGAACCAUCUUUAGCGAAACUCGUACAUUUUCAAGGAUAUCCUCGUGAACUAUUACCAGUGACUGUUCAAGGUAUUCCAUCGAUGCACAUAUGCUUGGACUUUAUACCAGAGCUGUUGAGCCAAGCUUCACUUGAAAAGCAGAUAUUUGCAGUCGAUUUAGUUUCCCAUUUAUCGAUACAGUAUGCAUUGCCGAAAGCGAUGUCGAUCGCAAGAUUAUGUGUUAACACUCUAUCUACGCUAUUAUCCGUAUUACCGAGUGACUUGCGCCUUGAACUGUUUCAACCAGCAUUAAAAUCUUUAGUAAGAAUCUGCACAGCAUUCCCGUCAUUAUUGGAGGACAUUACUUCUUUACUGUUGCAACUUAGAAGAAUUUGUGAAUCCCAAGCAUCGCUCGGCCACUGCUGGAAUGACUCGCACAUUAUGGGCGAUGGAGCAUAUGUUGUAUCAGAAACACAACCAGAGACGAAGGUAUUAGUGGCUGAAGUUCUGUGCAGGGAUAUUAAAGUUACAAUGUCUGAAAUUGUACACAAAGCUCUUUUGAAUGACAAACUAUUCUAAAUGUAAUGUAUUAUUUUUAGCAUAUAUUAUGUAGACGAGACGUGGGGUCGUUUAAGUGACUGGUUUCAAAAUAAAUAACAUAUGAACUUCAGUAUUUAUUGACUAAACCUGAUAAACAUUUUAGAACAUAAUUAGCAGCAUAUUUGAUGGCAGUACUGGAUUCUGCGUUUCCAACUGUCUGUACAUCCAUGCGCAUUGGUUUCUAGCAGCAUGGUUUCCCAUGUCGUGAAAUAAUUGUGCCUGGAACAAUUUUUAUAACAAUUAUAAGAAAAAAGCUUUCGGCCGCAGCUCCGCCUGCGUUAUACUAUUUCAGUUCUUCCGUUCCUGUAGGUAGGAAAUUGCAAAAAAGUAAGUAGUUAAGUUUCGUCAAAUUCGGUUUAGUGGUGAACUAUUAAGAAGUGCUGAUAGACAAACUAACAUUCCUGUUUAUAAUAUUCGUUUGGAUUGGAUAGAUUGAUUUCGACAAAGAAGUACAUUAUCAAAGUAAAUAAAUAAAUCAAAAAUAACAUACACCCACUUACUACAGUUAUAGUCGAGCAAAGUCACUCACCUGUAAGUACCACGUCUGCAAUAACCUAGCAUUGGCACCAACUUUCGCGAAAUUCUUCUUGACAAAGUCCAACGCUUCACAACAUGACUGCAGGACUUGAACACGGGAUUCCCCGGCGACUGGCGCCGACGCAAUGCGACAUUUCGUGUACAACAGCAGGGCUGCAAACAAUUUACCGAAUCAGCGAGAUUAUAACAUCUUUUUUAUGCGCGUUUCCUCGAUUGAGGGCAACCCCAAUGAUUUUACAAAUUUUAAAAUCAUAAUAAAUACUAUUUUAACACACAUCUGUUUUGGCAAAUUGAUCUGACAACAUUUAAACAUACCUAAUAUAAUACUUACAUCUCGCGAUAUCGUACGCACUGCCAUGCGCCAUUAUUGUUGGCAAAACUUUUCUUACGAGAACUAAAGCAUUCUUAGCACAACCACUAUGCAAUUGCACAUUUGCAAUAUGCAUUUCUGCUGUAGCAGCUAAAUAGUGCAAAUGAUAUUUCUUUGCCAAUGAGAGUGCUUCAUUGAGAAUCAUGAUGUUCGUUGAUUGUAUGCUGCUGAAAGUAUGUUGAACUUGCGACAUCAAUAUCAUAGCUUUCAAUCGUAGAGAUAUGUAGUGCAAACUGUCAUCUUCUGUUUUGCAGUAGUCUAGCACGUCGUGAAGUGACCGUAACGACUCUGUCGAA